UUUUAGGUUCUAUUUACAGAAGAAGUCGUUGGGUUUUUUAACUUGCGUAUAACUAAGACGUUGUACCGCUGUUCAACGAUUGCCAAUGUCUCUCGCGUAUCAAUCAUAACAAGGUUUAUUAGUAAGUACCUGCGUGACAGAAGCGUUUACUUGUGUCACCGCAAGAGUUCAAGGUACAAGGAACAUGACCUUGUUCAAUCACGCCAGAUAUCGUUUCUCGAGUUCUUGAAAACACGUGCUGCUAAAACGAGGCUAAGACAAAAUGAAAUCUGAUCGUGGUUAGGAAUUUAGAUUGUCACUGGGUUUACUUUGUCGGGUCAAGCGUGUCGGGUUUAGCUCUCCAAUUACACGGAAGUUGCUUGUUCUUGUGAGUUAUAUAUGCGAUUGUGAUUGCACAAAUACGCUUGUUUUUUACUCGUUCUUUCAAUUCACCGUAUUUUGGGAUUGAGGAAGAGGAAUUGCUGGGUCCACAAUGCCACCAGCCGCUUUCUUUGGCUGGACAUCGCCGAAUUUACCGAAAGAACUGACAGUGGAUUGCUUCCUACCAACUGGCGUACUGGUUCCCCUGCAAUGCAAUGUUGACGCAACUCUGGCCGAAAUCAAGACGAGACUGUUUGAAACAGCGCAAAACUACCCGCUUUUCAACCGUCUUGAAGCAAAAACGAAUUACUGGUUUCUUUGCAUAAAUGAGAAAGGAAAAAGGGAAACAUUGUUGGAUGAAAGUUUGAAGCUCACAGAUGUCAAGCCAUUCCGUCCUGUGCUAAAACUUCUCGAGAAACAUGGAGACGACAAAACUGACAGCAAAAUUGACGCAAAAAUUAAAUUUCUAAUGCGACAAACGCCAGCGGAACUUGAAGGAAAACAAAACGAAGAAGUAGAUAGCUUCAGACAAGAUUAUUUGCGGAUAACUCUCAAAGAAUCGCGUGAAAGACGAAAGUCUAGCUGGGAAAAGCGUGCUAUGGCAACGUAUCCAACUGAUAUCUGUGAGGACCCGCUCCCUGAACAUGUUUCAAAGAAACUACGAAAUGGUAAAUUCGAUCUCAUCGUGUAUCUACCACCUAGCGAUGAUUUUGAACGUCUUGAUUUGCCGAUUGGUACGAAUACGUCCGAUGCCAUUUUUAUAUUCAGACAACGUUCAGAGGGACGAAAAAAAGCCAUUCCAAACGACAAUGAUUACGUACUAAAAAUAGUAGGAAAGGAUGAAUAUUUGUUGAGAGAUGUUAACCUGGAAUAUUAUAAGUAUAUCCGUGACUGUAUUACAAAGGACAUCAAGCCAGAAUUAUCCGUUGUUCCGAAGAGUACAUUAAAGGUGGAAGAUUAUGCGCCAAUGGUUGCAGAGGCUACAUCUCCUCCUCCAAUACCACCAAAGGCAUGUCUCACUGUUUGGGAUAUUAACGCCAGAUUCAAGUUUAAGAUCACAUCAGCAACAAAUAUUUCAAUUGAGGCUGGAACUGAGAUUGGAGUUCGUGCUGGUUUGUACCAUGGAAGUAUGUUGCUGUGUCCCAUUAAAUGCUCAAGGGAAAAACAAGGACCGUCGCCAGUGUGGAAUGAGUAUCUUGAAUUUGACAUUGAAAUGUGUGACAUUCCACGAAUGGCAAAACUCUGUCUUACAAUUUAUGCCAAAAGAAAGAAGGACAGCAAGAUACCUCUGGCCUGGGUCAACAUGACAUUGUUUGAUUUCCGGAACUACUUAAGACAGGGUGCAAUUAAACUCCAUGCAUGGCCAGUGAAGGAUAAUCUUCAAGAUAUUAAUCCGAUUGGUACGGUUGUGUCAAACAUUAAUACCAGCACUUCUCCAUGCUUGUUAAUUGAAUUCACACAAUAUGCAAAGCCGGGUACCAGUGUGGUUUAUCCACCAUUUGAUAAGGUUCUUGAACUGGCAUCAACCCUGGCAGUAAAUGAGAAGAAUGACAUAUUUAGAGCUGGUGAGAAAACGAACAUUGAUUUGCAACUGCUAACUCAACGUGAACCUUUGGCAGAGUAUACUGAAGAGGAUAAGCACAAAAUAUGGUUUUUCAGAUUUGAAUGCCGUGAUAACUUUCCAAACUCAUUACCAAAGGUUUUGUUGAGCAUUCAGUGGAAUCUUCAUGAGGAUGUUGCAAGGAUGCAUGCCUUACUUCAAUGCUGGCCUCUCAUUCCCCCAGAACAAGCCCUGGAGUUGCUUGAUUACAAAUACCCUGAGAAGGAAGUAAGAGAAUAUGCAGUGCGAUGCUUGGAAGAAUUCUCUGAUGGCCAGCUUCACCUGUACUUACUUCAGUUGGUUCAGGUGUUGAAGUAUGAGGCAUAUUUGGAUUGUCAUUUAGCCAAAUUUCUUCUAAAGAGAGCUUUAUGGAAUAGGAAAAUUGGUCAUUCUCUGUUUUGGUUGUUGAGGGCUGAAAUGCAUGUACCAGAAGUCUCAGUUCGGUUUGGUUUGCUACUUGAAGCAUAUUGCAGGGGAUGUGUUGCACAUAUGCCCUCAUUAUCCAAGCAGGUUGAAGCAAUGAACAAACUCAAAGCUAUUACAGAACUAUUGCAGUGUCAAGCUUUAAAGAAAGCAGAGAAAGAGAAAUGUGUUGAAACUAUGAAAGAAUGCUUAAAACAGGUUACUUUUCGUGAGGCCUUCUCUGACUUUCAUUCUGUUGUUGAUCCUGCCUGCAAGUUGAAAAGCCUCAGAGUUGAGGAUUGUAAAAUGAUGGAUUCUAAGAUGAGACCAUUGUGGAUGGUUUAUGAAAAUGAUGAUGAAAUGGGAGAAGCGACAACUUUAAUUUUUAAGAAUGGGGAUGAUCUCCGCCAGGACAUGCUAACUGUGCAAGUCUUCAGAAUCAUGGAUACUUUAUGGCAAAGAGAGGGUCUUAAUCUUGAAAUGACACCUUAUGCUGUUUUACCCACUGGUGAUAAGAUUGGGGUUAUUGAGGUUGUUACAAACGCAACUACACUUGCGAACAUCCAGAAAAAGGAAAAGGGUGUGGUCAGGGGUGCUUUCAAGAAAGCAGUUUUAUUGGAUUGGCUGAAGAAGAAGAAUAAAACAGAUGAAGAGUUGAAGCGUGCUGUUGAGACCUUCACCAUGUCAUGUGCGGGUUAUUGUGUUGCGACCUAUGUGUUAGGUGUUGGUGAUCGGCAUAGUGAUAAUAUUAUGGUGAAAGAUACUGGACAGCUUGUCCAUAUAGAUUUUGGGCAUUUUCUCGGAAACUUUAAAGUGAAGUUUGGUGUGAAUCGAGAACGAGUACCAUUUGUUCUUUCACGUGAUUUUGUUUAUGUCAUAACCAAUGGUCAGAAAUCUGAUGCUGACAAAUGUCCUGAAUUUUUAAGAUUCCGAGAUAUAUGCGAAAAAGCAUAUUUGAUCUUAAGAAAACAUAGUUCUCUAUUCAUCAAUCUCUUUGCUAUGAUGCUUUCAACAGGUCUUCCAGAACUUGGUUCAGUCAAAGAUAUUUCAUAUCUUAAAAAAACUCUCGGUUUGCGAAUUGGAAAAAUGAAUGCAGAAGAGGAGGAGAGAGCUGCCUUAGAAAAAUUUCGAAAGAAUUUUGAUGAAGCAUACAAAAAUAGUACUAGCACAAGUUUGAAUUGGGCCAUCCACAAUUGGGCGAAGGAUAAUAAAUAGAAAUGACAGCAGAAUGAAUCAAUAGAAUGAAUGUGUAAAUGUAGACGUAGUUUGAUAAGUAAUCUGAAUUGGGCAUUUGCCUAUUUUAAAUAUUUUAAAUAAUAAAUUUUCUUAUAGAACCUAUAGUUAGUGUGUGUGUGAAUGCAACAUUAUUUGUCAGGCCCACCCUACAAUAUAUGAUGUGACAAAUUAUCUGAUAAAUAACCUUAAUGUUAAUAAAAAAAUGUCUCCUAAAAAAAAGCAAUUGUAACGACUAACGUUUUAUUUUGAAUCUCAUUUGUUCACAAUAAAUACAGUGAA